AUGGCAAGUGCGCGCUUUCCUCAGCUCCUCUGUUUGCUUUUUGUCCUCAUCCAUACUUGCACUGUGAAGGGAAAUGUCGAGACAGCAGACAUAGACGAGUGUUCCAUGGGUACAGAUGACUGCCACAUCGAUGCUCUGUGCCAAAACACCCCAAAGUCCUUCAAAUGCAUCUGUAAGGCUGGUUACGUGGGAGGUGGCAAGCAUUGUUACGAUUUGGACGAAUGUAAUAAUGAAUACACUGGUGGGUGUGUCCACGACUGCAUCAACAUCCCUGGUAACUACAGAUGCACAUGCUACGAUGGCUUCAUGCUGGCGGAUGAUGGACAUAAUUGUCUAGACGUGGACGAGUGUCGGGGCAACAACGGCGGAUGCCAGCAGAUCUGCGUGAACACCAUGGGCAGCUACGAGUGCCUGUGCACAGGGGGCUUCUUCCUUAGCGACAACCAACACACCUGCAUCCACCGCUCUGAAGAUGGGAUGAACUGCAUGAACAAGGACCACGGCUGUGCUCACAUCUGUAGGGAGACUCCUAAAGGUGGUGUGUCAUGCGAAUGCAGGCCAGGGUUCGAACUGGCCGAGAAUCAGCAGGACUGCAGAUUGACGUGUAACUACGGAAACGGUGGCUGCCAACACAUUUGUGAAGACACUGACACAGGACCGGUGUGCAGCUGCCACCAGAAAUACGCCCUGCACUCCGACAGCAAGACCUGCAUUGAGAAAGAUGAGGCUGCAAUUGAGAGCUCUGAGUUCAAUACCACGUCAGUAGCUGAUGUGGACAAGCGGGUGAAACGGCGUCUACUUAUGGAGACCUGUGCAGUAAAUAAUGGUGGAUGUGAUCGCACGUGUAAAGACACGGCCACCGGAGUCCGCUGCAGCUGUCCAGUCGGCUUCACCCUGCAGCCUGAUGGCAAGACAUGCAAAGACAUAGAUGAGUGUCUGGAGAAUAAUGGAGGCUGUGAUCACUUGUGUAGAAACACGGUGGGCAGCUUCGAGUGCAGCUGUCGCAAAGGCCACAAACUCCUCACCAACGAACGCACGUGUCAAGACGUCGACGAGUGCUCAUUUGAGAGGACGUGCGAUCACAUCUGCAUCAACUAUGAAGGAAGUUUUGAGUGUGUGUGCCAGAAGGGCUAUACUCUCUAUGGCCUCACACACUGUGGAGAUAUUGAUGAGUGCAGUAUCAAUAACGGACGCUGUGAGUAUGGCUGUGUGAACACACAGGGAGGUUAUGAGUGUGUGUGUCCUCCUGGAAAGAAGCUCCACUGGAAUAAGAAAGACUGUGUUGAGGCGGUGAACUGUCUGCCCAAUGGCAAGCCGGUGCCCCGCGCUCUGCUCAGCUGCACUAAGACGGCCGGAGUGGAGACGUGUUCUCUGUCCUGUCCAUCAAACACCCUCUUCCAGGCAGACUCGGAGAACAGUUACACUCUGAGCUGUGGAGUAUCAAUUCAACCAGGCAAAGCGGUACCAAAGAACAUCACCACCUCCUCCAGCUCCACUCUACAGAGCUGUACCAAGGCACUGGCGCAGCCCGUUAAACAGAAGGCACGGUUCAAGAUCAAGGAUGCGAAGUGCCACCUGAGACCACGCAACAAAGAGAAGCAUCGAGACGGAGCCAGGCAGGGACUGCAAGGAGCUCAGUUUCCCUGUACUGAUGACUGCCAGGUGACGUUUGUAAAUCUGAAGUGUGAAUCUUCUAAAAAGCGCCGUCGUGGCCGAAAGUCUCCGACUAAAGAGGUUUCACACAUCACUGCUGAGUUUGAGAUGGAAAUGAAGGAGGAGGAAGCCUCAGACUCGUGCAAUGUGGACUGCGUGCGAGAGAAGAUGAAGCAGAGGCUGCAGAACACACUGCGCACCCUGAGGAAGUCCAUCAUUAAGCAGCAGUUCUAUAUCCAGUUCUCGGGCUCGGCGUACGAGGUGGCGCAACGUGCCGUCCGUCCACCAGAGACAGAGGAGAGCUGUAGCACGGGUCAGGUCCUCACCAAGGGGAAGUGCGUCAGCUGUGGUGUCGGGACGUUCUACAGCGGCGAGCAAGACAGGUGUGUCCAGUGUCCACCUGGAACCUAUCAGGACAUGGAGGGUCAGCUGUCCUGUGAGCCGUGUCCCGCUGCCGAAACCCAGAGCAUUACAGGGGCCAAGAACGUCUCUGAGUGUGGAGGUUUGUGUCCCGCUGGUCAUUUCUCUGCUGAUGGUUUCCAGCCGUGCCAGCCGUGUCCACUAGGGACCUUCCAGUCGGAGCGUGGGCGUGUACUCUGCUUCCCCUGUGGAGGAGCGCUCAUGACCAAACACACCGGAAGCACCUCUUUCAGAGACUGUGAAGCCAAGGUGCAUUGUUCUUCGGGACACUACUACAACUCCAGCACACACCGUUGUAUCCGCUGUCCUGUUGGUACUUAUCAGUCUGAGUUUGGGCAGAAUUACUGCGCCACCUGCCCCGGAAACACCACCACUGACUUCGAUGGAGCUACAAACGUCACGCAGUGCAAGAAUCAAAUGUGUGGGGGUGAGCUGGGGGAUUUUAUGGGCUAUAUUGAGUCCCCGAACUACCCUGGAGAUUAUCCGUCAAACGUGGACUGUGUGUGGACCAUCAACCCUCCCAACAAGAGGCGGAUCCUCAUUGUGGUGCCCGAGAUUUUCCUCCCUAUCGAGGAUGAGUGUGGGGACGUACUGGUUAUGAGGAAAAGCUCCCAGCCCACAUCCAUAACCACCUAUGAGACGUGUCAGACGUACGAGAGGCCAAUCGCAUUCACCUCCCGCUCCCGCAAACUCUGGAUCCAGUUCAAGUCCAAUGAGGGCAACAGUGGCAAAGGCUUUCAAGUUCCCUACGUCACCUACGAUGAGGAUUACCAGCAGCUCAUCGAGGACAUUGUUCGAGAUGGUCGACUCUACGCAUCAGAGAAUCACCAGGAGAUAUUAAAAGAUAAGAAGCUGAUUAAGGCUCUGUUUGACGUCCUGGCUCACCCUCAUAACUAUUUCAAGUACACAGUUCAAGAGUCCAAGGAGAUGUUCCCACGCUCCUUCAUCAAGCUGCUACGCUCCAAAGUCACCAGGUUUCUACGGCCUUACAAAUAGAAACCUGCAGCGCUGCUCUUUCCUUCCCCAACUCCUCCUCUCCUCCUCGUCUCCUUCUCAUCUCCUCACAUACCUCUAUUCCUCCUUUCACUCGGCUGCUUUUCUCUAUCUGCGUCCCUCUGGAGAGUUUCCACUCGUUCGCUAAAUCCCAGAAUGCCUCACUGCGACACAAAGUGGAGGUCUGGUCUUCCUCCUACCUCUUCUCUGGAGUCUCACAUUUCUAUUUCCUUUCUUUAUAAACCUUUUGUUGUUGUUGUUGUUGUUCCAUUGUUUAUAUUUUGCUUUGGGAUUUUUUUUUAAAUGCUUUGGAAUAUUUAUAUGUGCUACAACUUGCAGAGACCCAAUUUUCCCGGAUGUUUAUUAAUAUCUAUAUAUUUGUAUAUGUAUGUACGUAUGCAUGUAUAU